UAUUCGGAGCUUUUCGUUAUUUGGAAUUUCGGAUAAAAGGUUGUGCACCUGUAGGUGCUAAUAAUGUCCUGUUUGCCAGCUUGUUGACCCUCUGUGUUCCCCUCCUGCAGGGUUUAGAAGCCAUUGCUGUGGACGGAGAGACAGGGACGUGAGCGGCCAUUGAGGGUGGCCAGGGUGCCAGUGAGCCCUUUCCCCCCAUCUGCUCAGGCUGAGCUUCGAUGGAGCACCACUUGACGGGGCACAACAAGGAGAAGCGUUAUGGGUGCGACGUGUGCGGCAAGGCCUGGCAGAGCCCGAGCCAGCUGGAGAUCCACCGGCGGGUGCACACGGGAGAACGCCCCUUCGACUGCUCAGAGUGCGGCAAGAACUUCAUCAGCUCCGGCCACCUGCUACAUCACAACAGCGUGCACUCCAGCGAGAGGCCAUUCACCUGCUCCGACUGCGGCAAGAGUUUCAAGAUGGUGAAACAUCUGAAGGUGCACCGGCGGGUGCACACGGGCGAGAAGCCCUAUGUCUGCUCCACUUGCAGCAAGAGCUUUACCCAGUUGUCGGAGCUGCAGGCGCACCGGCGGGUGCACAGCAGUGAGCGGCCCUUCACCUGCUCCGACUGCGGCAAAGGCUUCAAGUCGUCGCCGGACCUGAAGAGGCACAUGCGCCUGCACACUGACGAGCGGCCCUACACCUGCAGCAACUGCGGCCGGGGCUUCACCGACUCCAGCCACUUGCUCAAGCAUCAGCGCACCCACACCGGCGAGCGUCCCUACACCUGUGCCCAGUGCGGCAAGGGCUUCACCCAGUCCAGUCACCUGCUGGAGCACCAGCGCACCCACACUGGCGAGCGCCCCUAUACCUGCGCCCAGUGCGGCAAGGGCUUCACCCGCUCCACCUAUCUGCUGUCCCACCAGCGGGUGCACGCCGCCGACCAUCCUGUCCCCAGCCCGGUGUGUGGAGAUCGCUUUGCCAUGGCCUCCCAAGCCCUGCCUCACUAGCGCGUGCACACCGGUGGCCAGCCCUACGACUGCCCGUACUGCAGUGAGGAGUUUGACAGCUCGCGGAGGUUGCAGCAGCACCGGAGGACCCAAGCCAGCGAGUAACUGCUCCCACUGUGAUAAGAGGGGACGGGGGCUGCGGGAGCACUAGCGGAUACACACAGGAGAGAAACCCUUUGUGUGGCAGUGUGGCAAGGGUUUCAUCCACAUGUCCAGCCUGUGGCAGCACCGGUGUACCCACAGCGGUGAGCGUCCCUUCGCCUGCCCGUCCUGUGGUGAGUGCUUCACCCGCCUUGACCACCUGCUGGAGCACCGGCGAGUCGACACCGGCCAAGGGCCCUUCACAAGCUCGCUUUGUGGCAAAGCCUUUUUCCGCUCCUCCAGCCUGAUGGCACACCGCCAUGUGGAUAGAUAGGCGCUGUUUAGGUAAACACAAAAUACUGGAAGGAAUGGGUAACGUUUCGGGUUGAGACCCUCUUCAGUCUUAACCCGAAACAUCACCCAUUCCUUUUCUCCUUGGAUGCUGUCUGUGCCUCUGAGUUACUCCAGCACUUUGUGUCCUUUUUGUAAACCAGCAUCUGCAGUUCGUUGUUUUUAAACCCUUCUGGUUAACCAUCUCUGCGCCUUCCCCAAAGCCUCCACAUCAGUCCUGUAAUGGAGUGACCAGAACUGUAUGCAAUACUCCAAAUGCUACCUGACCAAUGUCCGGUUUCAGCCCGAAACAUUGCCUAUUUCCUUCGCUCCAUAGAUGCUGGCGCACCCGCUGAGUUUCUCUAGCACUUUUUGUCUAUCUUCGAUUUUCCAGCAUCCAUUCCAGCUCCAGCAGUUCCUUCUUCAACACAAUGUCCUUUAAAGCUGCACAUGUACAUUCCUCUCUCCUUCUCAACACUUUUAUCUCCUUAUUUUCUCUCACCUGUGUACCUUACUCCACUCAUCUGCCGAUCACCCCCUGUUAGAAAUGUUCCAACAAAGACUAUUAUAAAAACUGAGGUAGAUACUAAUCUAUCUUUAUUGUGAGAGAGAGAGUCACACAGAGCACAAGUGUCUGUGGGAGUCCUCUCUGUGCUAAUACUGAAGAAAAUCUCUUUUAUACAUUGAUUGAAACCAGAAAGCGUCCCGACAAAUGGUAAUUAACAAGGAGACUGUAAAAUGACUUACUGCACACACAAGUCUUUUUACUGUAACUGUUUAUUAACUGAGACUUAACACUAAGCUGUAGCUGUCCGUGGUCAUCACUGGAGCUAGAGAGCGAGCUAGAGGUGGGGACACUACAAUUAUACUGGAGACAAUGGGGAGUGGUUAGUAGUGGGGAGGUCACUAUGGUUAAGGGAACAUGCACUGAUCUACAUCCUUCCUCUUAGAAACAAAAGCAU